AAUACACAACAACAUAGGAGAAAAUUAAGAACCAUUGGUAUUGUAUUAUUAAGAUUUUCACACUUUUUCUUUGUUGCAAUUAUACACAAAUCUAUCUAUCUAUCAAAAUUCAACAACACAAUAAUACACACUUCUUUUCUUUUCAAUUCCUUCAUUCAUCUUUGCACGCACGCACGCACUUGUAGUAAAAUGGGGGAAGUAAGCCUGGCAUCUCCAUCAAAGUCGUUUCGGCUUCGAAGUCCGAGUCUGAACUCGCUCCGUCUCCGGCGAAUCUUUGACAUGUUUGACAAGAACGGUGAUUCCAUGAUAACUGUGGAAGAAAUUAACCAGGCACUCAACCUUUUGGGAUUGGAAGCUGAGUUCAAAGACGUUGAAUCCAUGAUCAAGUCUUACAUAAAGCCGGGGAUGGAAGGACUAACAUACGAAGAUUUCGUGGCAUUGCACGAGUCACUAGGGGACGCAUAUUUUGGGGUGGCUGAAGAAGUAGAUGAGGAUACACAAAAUGAUGAUCUAUGGGAGGCGUUCAAGGUGUUUGAUGAAGAUGGUGAUGGUUACAUAUCAGCUAAGGAAUUGCAAGUUGUGUUGGGGAAGCUUGGACUUGUAGAAGGGAACAUGAUUGAUAAUGUUCAACGAAUGAUUGUGUCUGUCGAUACCAACCAUGAUGGUCGUGUUGAUUUCAAUGAGUUUAAGGAAAUGAUGCGCAACACUAUUGCCCCUAGUUCUUGAUCAUGUAUUUUGUUGUUAAUGUCUUGUUGUAAUUUUGCAAUAUACUCCUUGUAUUGUAGCCAUGCCAAUUUCUUAGCUUUAA